AUGCUCCCACGCCUCAGCUGGAUCAACAGAUUCCUCCACCUAGGCAGAGGUGACCGGUCUGCUCCUGAUCCCGGGAUCGUCAUCUUGGUCGAAAUCUUUGCUAUCUUUGCUUUCUCGACAUGCGGCAGCUACUCUGGCAUGUUCAAGAUGAGUGUGGAGUGUAAAAACCGGUCAGAGAGUGACCUGAGCAUUGAGGUGGAGUUUGAGUAUCCAUUCAGAUGCGCUCUUGAAGUGGCAGCACACGGUGAAGGCUCCGUGCAGGAUUUCACCACACUCUUACUGAUCGGGGCAUGCGACGAACCAGAGAACCACUGCCGUGACGUCCACGACCCUGUCGUCUCUGGUCUCAACACAUCUGUGGCGUUUGGCUUCCUGAACCUGAUCCUGUGGGGAGGAAACCUGUGGUUCGUGUUCAAAGAGACCGGCUGGAUGGCAGCCUUCAGAGGCACGUAUGCAUCUUCCCAGGAGAAGGCGCCUGCUCCAGAGUCCUUUGGUCAGGAAGGCUAUGGGCAAGAGGGCUACGCACAACAGGGGGACGCCUAUGCCGGCACCCAGGGAGGCUACCAGCCUGACUAUGGCCAGGGCGGAUACACCGAGGGAGGCGGAGACUAUCAGCAGGGGGGAUACCAAUCAGAUGUGAGCUGGUCCCCCCUACAGCAUUUGGUAGCUGGUGAGUGCCAGUACAUAUGUUGGAGCAACACUGAGAAUACCGAGGUAAUCGACUGAGAAAUACUGUAUUAAUGUUACUCUUCCAAAGGGAAUACAGACUAUGUGGAUUUAUGUAUACAUUAGUUGUAAUUGAUCUCUCUCUCUCUCUCUCUCUCUCUCUCUCUCUCUCUCGCUCUCUCCCUCCCUCCCUCCCUCCCUCCCUCCUUGUGAUUUGGGAGUGUGGCGCCUGACCACCAUCCACAAUUCCACACUCCUCUGUUUGUGCGUGCAUCUGUGAGUUGACAAGAGGGAUGGAAGAUGCAAUAAAAUGCAAAUUAUGUGUAUCAAAUACUUGUUCUUUCCACUGUAAGUGUUAGAGCAUAUUAUGUAAUAUGAUGUAUGUUUGGCUCAUCAUAAUGUGACAGCACAGAGCAGCUCCGAUAUAUUUCACACAAAUCACACAGAAAGUAAAUGUGCUACAAUAAUCGGGUUGGCCUACCCGCUGUACUGCCAAUCCUCUGUUUGGAUAGAAGAAAAACUGUAUUGCCAAAUGAUAACAGGACAGGUGCGUAUUGAGCGAUAUAUUUUGCUUCUAUAGUUAUCAUCACAAUGGAAACUGAUAUUGUUUUUCAUUCAUAUUAUUCCAUUAUGCAGUUUUGUAUUCAUUCCUUUAAUUAUUUUUUUAUCAAAUCAAAUCAAAUCAAAUGUAUUUAUAUAGCCCUUCGUACAUCAGCUGAUAUCUCAAAGUGCUGUACAGAAACCCAGCCUAAAACCCCAAACAGCAAGCAAUGCAGGUGUAAAAGCACGGUGGCUAGGAAAAACUCCCUAGAAAGGCCAAAACCUAGGAAGAAACCUAGAGAGGAACCAGGCUAUGUGGGGUGGCCAGUCCUCUUCUGGCUGUGCCGAGUAGAGAUUAUAACAGAACAUAGCCAAGAUGUUCAAAUGUUCAUAAAUGACCAGCAUGGUCGAAUAAUAAUAAGGCAGAACAGUUGAAACUGGAGCAGCAGCACAGUCAGGUGGACUGGGGACAGCAAGGAGUCAUCAUGUCAGGUAGUCCUGGGGCACGGUCCUAGGGCUCAGGUCCUCCGAGAGAGAGAAAGAAAGAGAGAAUUAGAGAGAGCAUAUGUGGGGUGGCCAGUCCUCUUCUGGCUGUGCCGGGUGGAGAUUAUAACAGAACAUGGCCAAGAUGUUCAAAUGUUCAUAAAUGACCAGCAUGGUCGAAUAAUAGUAAGGCAGAACGGUUGAAACUGGAGCAGCAGCAUGGCCAGGUGGACUGGGGACAGCAAGGAGUCAUCAUGUCAGGUAGUCCUGGGGCAUGGUCCUAGGGCUCAGGUCCUCCGAGAGAGAGAAAGAAAGAGAGAAGGAGAGAAUUAGAGAACGCACACUUAGAUUCACACAGGAGACCGAAUAGGACAGGAGAAGUACUCCAGAUAUAACAAACUGACCCUAGCCCCCCGACACAUACACUACUGCAGCAUAAAUACUGGAGGCUGAGACAGGAGGGGUCAGGAGACACUGUGGCCCCAUCCGAGGACACCCCCGGACAGGGCCAAACAUGAAGGAUAUAACCCCACCCACUUUGCCAAAGCACAGCCCCCACACCACUAGAGGGAUAUCUUCAACCACCAACUUACCAUCCUGAGACAAGGCUGAGUAUAGCCCACAAAGAUCUCCGUCACGGCACAACCCAAGGGGGGGGGGGGGGGCAACCCAGACAGGAUGACCACAACAGUGAAUCAACCUACUCAGGUGACGCACCCCUCCAGGGACGGCAUGAGAGAGCCCCAGUAAGCCAGUGACUCAGCCCCUGUAAUAGGGUUAGAGGCAGAGAAUCCCAGUGGAAAGAGGGGAACCGGCCAGGCAGAGACAGCAAGGGCGGUUCGUUGCUCCAGAGCCUUUCCGUUCACCUUCCCACUCCUGGGCCAGACUACACUCAAUCAUAUGACCCACUGAAGAGAUGAGUCUUCAGUAAAGACUUAAAGGUUGAGACCGAGUUUGCGUCUCUGACAUGGGUAGGCAGACCGUUCCAUAAAAAUGGAGCUCUAUAGGAGAAAGCCCUGCCUCCAGCUGUUUGCUUAGAAAUUCUAGGGACAAUUAGGAGGCCUGCGUCUUGUGACCGUAGCGUACGUGUAGGUAUGUACGGCAGGACCAAAUCAGAGAGAUAGGUAGGAGCAAGCCCAUGUAAUGCUUUGUAGGUUAGCAGUAAAACCUUGAAAUUAUCCCUUGCUUUGACAGGAAGCCAGUGUAGAGAGGCUAGCACUGGAGUAAUAUGAUCAAAUUCUUUGGUUCUAGUCAGGAUUCUAGCAGCCGUAUUUAGCACUAACUGAAGUUUAUUUAGUGCUUUAUCCGGGUAGCCGGAAAGUAGAGCAUUGCAGUAGUCUAACCUAGAAGUGACAAAAGCAUGGAUGAA